AUGGAGGAACACCACCGGGGGGGGAAAAAAAACGAAAGCAGCUACAAAUUCCUAAACGCGGACGAAAUAAAUAACCUGGAGUAUAUUUUCAACAAAAUGAAGAGGAGCAAAAAUGAAAGCGUCACCAUCCAGAAUGUGCAAAAGUUUCUCCACGCAAAUCACAACAAAGACAUUUCGGAUGACCUCUUAGAUUUAUUUCACAUGUAUGGCACCACCAUAACUCUGGAGGACUUCCUCACGUCGCUCAACUGUGACAUUAACAAAUUCAAGUCCAAGGAGAAAAUGAAAAGCUUGUUCAAUUUGCUGGAUGCCUCCAAUCGGGGCUACAUAUCCACCAGGAGCUUCAUCCAGGCGGCCAAAGAAUUUGAAAACGAAUUUUCGGAGGAAACCCUCAGGAGCAUUUUCAACAUCAUGGACUUGAGCAGCAGCGACCGGAUGCACUUCGACGAGUUUAAGAAUGCGAUAGCGAACAUGUGA